GGAGAAAUCAUGUCAUCACAUCCUGCCAAGCUGAGAUUAGAAAUAAUUAAUCUUCUAUUAAUACAUCUCUCAAGAAAGAAGAGUAAGAGACUGUUGAAGGAGUUCCAAGGGAGACCAAGUGGAUGCUCUUAUUCUUACCGACUUGUGACAAAUGAUGAGACGAAGAUCAUCUAGACGUGUUGUGGCAAGUGAUCGACACACACGUGCUGAGACAGGAGUAGCAGACCAAGCAGAUCCUCUGUCUGCUUCUAGCAGUUCUGCUACAAACUUUGACACACAUGAUAGAUAUAGACUCUACCUUCAAUUUUGCCAGCAAGAUGCCCUGCCUCCACUUCAACCAAUUACAUCAUUUUCGCCCAUGCAAAGUCAUGGUAGCGAUGCUGCCAUGCCCAGUGGGCUAUUGCCCAGUGUUAGUCGUGGAAUUGUUAACAACAGUACAGUUAUCGAGAUUUUGAUAGAGCUACUGUGUCGAGAACGUGAACCUGACCCCAAGAGGAGAGAAGUGCUAUUUAAAGCUAUGUGUACGGUGAUUCGGCAGUGUAACUCAUCUCUGUACUUACCACUGUAUACCUUUCCUCAGCUCCAAGAUUUUCAGGUUAACCUUGUGAAACAGUUUGAAAAAUUGUUUGAAAUAGCUCUGAGUCAAAUUCCAUUAGACUCUGCAAGCUUAGUUCUCCCCAGGUUACGUCUUCCAACAACUCUAACAAACCCUACAAGCCAUUUGAUGUUAUCAAGCUCCUCCCAGCAUCUCCUAGAGGAUCGCUACACUCGGGAGUUCAAGGAAGGAGAAAUCCUGGGAAAGGGAGGCUUUGGAGUAGUUGUGAAGGCUGAACACAAGCUAGAUGGGCACUUUUAUGCCAUUAAAAUUAUUCCAGUGGAUGAUGAAAACAGCAGUGACCAUGCCAGCUUAUUACGGGAGGUGAAGUCUCUAGCACAACUAGAUCAUCCUAACAUUGUACGUUAUCACAGCGCCUGGGCACAGCUGCAUAUCCUACCUCCACAUUUUUUUCAAAAUGAUGAGCUCACCGAGAAGUUGGAGAGAAAACCUCGCAAUCCUACAAUAAUUACACGGCCUAAAGCUCUGAAUGUGUCACCAGUACCAAGUGUCAGAAUUGAAGAGCUGUCAAGCUCAUCAGAAGAUGAAGAGCAAGCCGAAGAAACUUCAGGUGGAAUAUUUUUUGGUGAUGAGAGCAAAGAAAAAAGUAAAUUAAACUUUAGAUUUAAGGGGCAAAAAUCAUGCAAAGUUGUAUAUAAAGAAAAUUUUGAAAAAAAUUGUAGCAUGUCUCCAGAAAAGAAAAUUCAAAAUAAGAGAGAAGCUCCUGUUUUAAGGUCCAAAAAAACAAUUUUAAGUUUUGACAAAAAAAGUGAAGUUUUAAAUGUUGGUUUGUUUCAGUCCCCUAAUAAUAUCUCUGCUAAUUUUAAUGGAAUAAGUGAUAAAAAGCAAAUUAAUACAAAAGGCUCGUCUGAUGAAAGUAUAGUUUUUUGUGCGAGUAAUCACAGCAAAACUAAAAACACCAUUACACUAACCUCUCCAGGCUCUCAAAGUUGUGAAGUUUUAUCAGCUCUCUCAUCUGAUAAUGAAAAAAGUGUAGUAGCACCAGGACAUCAUACAAGCUCCAGCUUAUCUUCCAAUGGAAGUUACAAACAAUCACUUUUGCCCUACCAUCCCUUAAGAAAUAAUUUGCAGCAGUGUCAAAGAUUUCCACAGAUGGUUCUCUUUAUCCAGAUGGGACUAUGUGGCAAGUCUUUAAGGGACUGGUUGCUAAGUAGGAAUGCAGAUCUCACCUCCAGCACUAACAGCAGUCAGAUACUUAUAAAUCGAGUCAAAUACCUGGGUUUAUUCCAUCAAGUGCUCUUAGCUGUGCAGUAUAUUCACUCAAAACAAAUCAUUCACAGAGAUAUAAAGCCUGCAAAUAUAUUCUUUACAUUGGAUGGAAAAAGCAUUCAGCUGGGUGACUUUGGUCUAGCUCGCUCACUGCCUGACUUGGUUAAUAAUGGAGAUGUAGGGGCAGAGUGUGUUGUCAGCAACACUCUUACACCCAUUUCUGAGCAUGCACCAAACACUCGGGGUGUUGGUACACCCAUCUAUGCAGCUCCAGAGCUCAAAAGUGGUGCCCAGUAUGAUACAAAGGUAUUGUAGCACUAUGCAUGUUAUUCUUUUAUAAAAAUAAUAUA